GUCACAAACUGUGUGCUUAUGUAAUAAGCGCCUUGCAGGCUAGACCCAAGUUCCAAAGUCAUUUCAUGGCUAGCUAUUCGGUCUCGUGUUGUUCUCGUAUCCAAGACUUCCAUGCCAGCAUGUCGCUGCGUUAUCAUUGAUACUAAACCCUUGAUAGGCUUCAAAGAGCGCUUGUGUCCCGCUUGUUUUCGUUAGCAUGGAUCCUGGCCGCCGAUCGAAGAUACUUAUAAGUUAAAGUAACGUUGAGUGUUGAUUUCUCCAAGUGAUAGAACUUCGCCUACUGAAAGGAAAUUCCGAGACCCUCUGAACUCAGAGCUACGAGGGAAAAGAGUUAGCGGGCUCUCACGCAGCGGCGAUCCCUAUAAACAACGUUCUGACUCCUAAACUCGGCUGCAUCAUGACAGGUCCUACUACCUUCGUAUUCGUCUACCGGUGCAACCCGGCGCUGUUCUCACAGCAUCCUUGGAUUUCACAUGAAACUUUACACGCUCUGCCAAUGUGGAGAUGCAUUGGUCCUACUUAGGCUCAGUCUAGCUGCUCGGGACAUAUUCAGCCUGCAUCUGGAUGGCAUCGAAGCGCUAAGCUUUCGGCAUCGUCUAGUGGAUCGAAGCAGCGAAGCUCACGCAAGUUCGCUGAGCGACAAAUACGUUCUCCAGAGUUGGGUAAACGCUGAUAAUUUUUUCAAAUUUAAUGAAGUGGGUGACUUAACUUUAGUCUUUUAGUGAUAAUCAUUCGCGCUGUCGGAAAUUAUAGUUCCAGUUUCAGGUGAAUCAUUCGCGC